AUGCAGGUUGUUGGUGCGAACAAAGGUGGAGUGGUAGCUGUGGUGGAAGGCCUUAGAGGUUUUGUUCCUUUCUCACAGAUAUCAACAAAAUCAACAGCAGAAGAGCUUCUUGAUAAAGAGAUUCCUCUGAAGUUUGUGGAGGUUGAUGAAGAACAGUCCAGGCUUGUCCUAAGCAACAGUAAGGCCAUGGCAGAGAACCAAGCGCAGCUUGGAAUUGGAUCAGUUGUCCUGGGAACUGUUCAAAGCCUGAAGCCAUGUGGUGCCUUUAUUGACAUUGGUGGAAUCAACGGCCCACUUCAUGUUAGUCAGAUCAGUCAUGACCGAGUCUCUGAUAUUGCAACAGUUCUCCAACCUGGUGACACUCUCAAGGUCAUGAUAUUGAGCCAUGACCGUGAGAGAGGCUGUGUAAGUCUUUCUACCAAGAAGUUAGAACCUACUCCUGGAGAUAUGAUUCGCAAUCCAAAGCUUGUCUUUGAGAAGGAGGAGGAGAUGGCGCAGACAUUCAGGCAGAGAAUUGCUCAAGCAGAAGCUAUGGCUCGUGCAGACAUGCUCCGUUUCCAGCCUGAGGUUCCUAUAGAUUCUUGCUAUAUGGGCUCUAACAACUCUGCCUUCCUACAACAGGUAGCUUGUCUUUAG